AUGGAUUCUUUCACGGCACAUUCCGCUUCCUUUAUCUAUCGCUCGGGCUCUGGCGACCAUGAGCUGGAGACCACACGCAAGAAGAUGAGAAAAGGGACAAAGAGCUGCGUUGAAUGCCGACGCCGCAAAAUUCGAUGCACAUUUAGUGCUGUGCGACCAGACCGCUGCAAUGAGUGCUUUUCACGAGGAUUUCGAUGCAUUGACCAGGAGCACGCGCCCGUGCGCUCUAGUAAAUCGCAAUAUCAAGGAACUGAGCAAGUUUACAGUUUGCGUGAAAGGGUGGCCAUUCUUGAGAAUACACUCGAUACUGUUCUAAAAAAGCUAGACAAGGUUGAUGGGAAAAGGAUGGACUCGAUUUCUCCAGGUACCCCAGUUACUAUCUCUGCUGACUCUGCUCUCACACUCUCUGAGACUGUUGAGUCAGAUUCGAAUGGCCAUACCGAGCAGGCACCGUUACUUACACUUCUAGAUAAUCAUGUCGUUUCUCGAUCACAUCCUCAUGUGGAGCCACGAGACCAGAGCUACUCUGGAAACCAACCAUCUAGCAAUGCAGCAUUAAAAUCUGUUUUGCUCUCGCUACUUCCGCCAUGUCGUGACAUAGAAGCUAUCUUGAAGGCUUUCCCGCUCCAGUAUCAUACCCUAGAAACACGAUAUACGGAGAUUCAGAACGAAAACCUGCCAAAAAGCCUUUCAAACUGGAGAAGAUGCUCUAAGUCAGAAACUUUGGGGGAAAUUGCCAAGCUUCUUCUUUUUCUUGUUAGCACUAUUGACCAGCUGCCUGCUUCAUUCGAUUUCCGCGGCCUUCAGGCCCCAUUUCAACCAAAAGAUUUUGUUGAUCGUGUGCUUUCUGUUAUGAAUCAUGUGGUAACAAGUAAUGAAGAUAUUUCAUCAACACUUCCUGGGAUUGAAUGCUUUUUCUUUGCCGCAAAAUACUAUAUGAAUAGUGGCCAGCCUCGAAAGGCAUGGCGACUAUAUCGCCGUGGCAUUGAAUUUGCGCAACUGCGUGGAUUCCAUUUAUCAACAAGUCGCCCAAUUGAUCAAAAAGAUAUUCUUGCUUUACGACAGUCAUAUAUCUGGUGCUCAUUGUCGUGCUGUGAGAGGUAUUUCAGCCUAAUUCUUGGCCUUCCAUAUAUGGUUCCUGAUCGGUUCCUCCUCCCGAAUUUUUUGAUUCUGGUUGAAACAGGAUAUAUGCGACCAUCUGAGGAGUAUGUCUAUAAACUAUGCUGUUUUGCUAGCCGAAUCAUCGACAGAAAUCAAGACGCGCAUGAGUUGUCCGUUUCUAAAACAUUGGCCAUAGAUCGAGAGCUUGAGACGCUAAGACACAAUUUUUCCCUCAAAGGCUCGGAUAUAGUGUCCGGUGAGAGUCACGACGAAUUUCUUCUGAGCCAUUUUAUGCAUUAUUUUAUCAGGGCAAUGCUACACCUUCCAUUCUCUUUGAAAUCUGGUGGAGACUCAGAGUCUCAGUAUUGUUAUAAUGCAGCUCUUCAGUCAUCACGAAACUGCAUUGAGUUCUACAGAAGAAUUCGACAGACGUCCAGAUUUCACUAUGCGGUGUGCAAAAUGAUCGACUUCCAAAUGUUUACAGCAGCCAUGAUUUUAGCAAUACAUCUCUUAAGUAGAUCUGACCUGGUUGGCACCGGCAAUUUGACGGAGAUCAUGGAAGAUCGGCGGCUGCUACAUGAGGCAAUAUACAUUUUUCGAGAAAUUUCCGUCAACCCCGGUGGUUCCGUUGCCGCACAAUCCGCGAAUGUUUUAGAAAUGCUGUAUGGUUUCUCUCAGCCUGGACAACAGCGCCGAAAUCAUGAUCGGGAUGGUUGCAAGAUUACCAUUCCGUAUUUUGGAUCUCUCUACCUUCGACUGGGAAGAAAUUUUGAGCAAAUGACCAAAUCUUCCGAUGCUGGCGAUACUCAACCUUCCUUCCCUAACCCUAUCUCUAAUACUCCGUUGUUUUUUAAACCCCCAUUCACGCCCAUAAUAUCUGAAGCUGGCCAGAACCAGAACCCAGCUUCCCUUUUGGAUGGAACAGUAGUGGCUCUUGAAAACAUUCUCGCCCUUCCAAACACUGAUUUCGAUUAUAACAGGAUUUCGGGAUUGGAAGCAGGUAGUUCGGGAAUAGACCCCUCCCUGCACCUGGAUCUCUGCCUCGAUCAAGGCUGGAAUCUGGAUUGGGUUAGAACAAAUGAUUUUCCAACACCACCACCGAUAGAAUGA